UCAUCAAAGGUAUGACAGGAGUCUCCAUAUAUCAGUUACUACUUAACUAUAUUUCUUAACAUAUUACCAAAGACUAAUGAAGCUAGUUUGCAUUCAUGUGCUCAGAACAAUAUCCAUACAAAUGCAGAUUAAGAUGAUACAAGGAACAUAUGAUCUGAAAACCAAAAGAUACGAUGUACCAGAAUACACAUUUUACUGGAUUUCUUAGUCAUAUUGUUCUUAAACAUUACUGUUAUUUCGUUUCAAAAAUGGUAUAUGGAGCAUUUUUUACCAUGGCUUCCUUUUUUUAAAUGCUUCUCUUCCCCAGGAAAAUGUACUUCUAGAAUUUUUAACUGCAACAUUGUGUACUUCUUUUCCUCCCAACCUGCUAUUUUUGUAUUUCUGCCUUUCAAAAGUGUAGUUUGAAUGAUUGGCUUUGUUUAAAAGUGCCUUGUGCUUUGCUGAGAAAGGAAGGAGUACAGGAAGAAGCUGGAUAGUGGCCUUUCUGCCUGCUUUCUAGAUUUCAGUGCUGACUAUUCAGAAGCAAUGUUAAUAUUUACAUGGAGAAACUGAGGCACAGAAAAAAAUUAGCAGGUGAACAAUGGAUCGCUAGUAACUGGAAUUCUGACUAUAUUGUCACAUAAUACAAACUAUGAACCAGUUCACAUGGACUGAAUGGAAGAAUCUGAAUAUGAAUGAUAGUAAUGAGAAUGUAUCUGAGCAUCUAUCCUGCCCUUUUGGAUUUGGACAUUAUAAUGCCAUUGACAUUUGCAUCCUUGAGACUAUUGUUAUUAUCUUACUAACAUUUUUAAUUAUUACUGGUAACUUAACAGUAAUUUUUGUCAUCCACUGUGCUCCACUUUUGCAUCAUUAUACCACCAGCUACUUUAUUCAGACUAUGGCAUAUGCUGAUCUUUUUGUUGGGAUUAGUUGCUUAAUUCCUACCUUGUCAUUGCUUCACUAUUCUGUAGGUGUUCAUGAGUCCUUAACUUGUCAAAUUUUUGUAUAUGUCAUCUCUGUAUUGAAAAGUGUUUCUAUGGCCUGCCUUGCUUUCAUUAGUGUGGAUCGCUAUCUUGCAAUCACAAAACCACUCUCCUAUAACCAGUUGGUCACCCCCUGUCGAUUGAGGAUCUGCAUUAUUUUGAUUUGGCUGUACUCAGGACUUAUCUUCCUGCCUUCCUAUUUUGGUUGGGGAAAGCCAGGUUAUCAUGGAGACAUUUUUGAAUGGUGUGCAGCUUCUUGGCUCACCAACGCCUAUUUUACUGGAUUUAUUGUGUGCUUACUCUAUGCUCCAGCUGCCUUUAUAAUCUGUUUUACAUAUUUCCACAUAUUCAAAAUUUGCCGGCAGCACACCAAAGAGAUAAAUGACAGGAGAGCUCGGUUUCCUAGUCAUGAAGUAGAUACUGCUGCAGAAACUGGACAUAGCCCAGAUAGCCGCUAUGCUAUGGUUUUAUUUCAGAUAACCAGUGUGUUUUAUGUGCUCUGGCUGCCCUACAUUAUAUAUUUCAUGCUAGAGAGCACAAAGGUGUUGGAAAAUCCAGCACUCUCUUUUGUAACAACCUGGCUUGCUAUUAGCAAUAGUUUUUGUAACUGUGUAAUAUAUAGUCUGUCAAAUAGUGUUUUUAGGUUGGGACUUUGGAGAUUGUCAGAGACAAUAUGCUCAGUUUGUAUAUGUAAAAAAGACAGUGUGGUUCGAGAGCCUGUUCCUAGAAAACGGGCUAACUCUUGUUCUAUGUAAGGGGGUGGGGGGAUGGAAAUAGGCAAUCUUGUACAAUCCGACAUAUAGGCUUUGUAAUAUCUGUAUGUUGUUAGCCUAUAAUUUGAAGAAGUAAUAUUCAUUGUAAACACGAAUUAUAUUUUGCAAGAGUAAGAAAACAUUGGUGGAAAGGUGAUGAGUAGGGGACUAGUAAAUGCAA